AUGACAAAACAAACCGCUCAAACGCUAUUGGCUCGCCAUGGAGAUCAUCACUACGCAAACAUCAAGUACGGCUAUGCGCUCCUGUUUAUGUCUGCGCUGUACGUGGUGUUCCGGUACGCGGCGCUAAGUUAUUACCACAAGUGCUGGAGUCGGUCAGGCAGAUCCACCACCAAACAGGGCCUUGUCAACGUGCCACUAGCAUACACCGUUUCCAUUCUUAGCGUGGUACUGCUGAUCCUGGAGUUCUUCAACCUGCACAUUGAGGAGUUCUCGAUCCAUCUGAAGCGGUUUGGUCGGCUGGCAUACGCCCUUACGCCGCUCGAUCUGUUUCUGGCUUUGCGUCCCAGCCCGCUCAGCAUCGACAACUAUCUGGACACUUUGCGGUUGCACAAGUGGGUGUCGCGGGUUAUUCUUGUGUUUGGGAUAUGCCACAGCGUGGGAUUUCUGCUGCGAUGGCUUGUUCUGGGCACUUUCUCGAAAACUUGGCGGCUGCUCAAUUUCUACGGCUUUGUCAUGUUUGUGCUGUUUGACGUGCUUCUUGGCGUGAACUGGCAGCGAAUCCGGUCGAUCAACUACACCUACUUCAUUGCUUUCCAUAACUUGGUGAUGUACACAUACCUAAUCCUGACGCAGCUGCACGCCCGUCCCGGAGUGACGUUAUUGUUUGUGCUCAACGUUGCCCUUGUGUUGUACCAGCACGGCUACAGACUGUUCACGACCAAGAGCGUCACUGUUGACAAGAUUUCAGAAAAAAGCGGCUCUGCAUUGCAAGUUGUCAAACUGCCACGAGCACUGCUUCCUGCGCAAUUUCUGCCAGGGUGCCAUCUACGAAUAACUCCGUAUGCAGUCUAUAACCCAUGUUUCUGGCUGCUUCCCUCGCAUCCCUAUACUGUGGCGUCAAUCCAGGAAGAGCGUUCGCAGUACGUCUCUCUGGUUGUGAAGAAAAACCGCUUUGCAUUGGAGCCGUACAGGCGGUACUCGUUGCAGCCGUUCUUCAAAUCUUCCCUAUCGCUAAAUUUCUUUCAGACCGCGGAAAGCGUCACCAUCGUAUCUGGAGGCUCUGGAAUCUCGCUCGGGUUGCCGCUUUUCAAUUAUUUCAAACGCAAAAUACAGCAUGAAAAAAAGGAUAUCAAGCUGCUAUGCGUCUGGCUUACGCCAAACGUGGGAGAUUUAUUUAUUCUGGAGCAACUAGAGGCAGCGGGACUGGAAGUGUACGUGACGCGUUCUAGCCACGAGGAGGAAGCGAUAGAGAUCUCCGAGGGCCUAGAGGCGUUCGAGCUACAGUCGCUGGACGACGACUUCCAGACAUACGAGGAGUCGAGUCAGGUGACACAAAGUACCGAAAUUACCGACGAAUUUGCCACUGUGGUAAAACACGGACGCCGGCCAAGCCUUGAAAAAAUUAUUGCGAAAAAUGUGAACCGCACCAUUGAUUACGCAAAUAAAUGGAUAGUGUCCUGCGGCCCCACCCAGCUCAAUAAAGAUUGUCAACACUUGGCGGAGAAGCUCAAGUGCCAAUUUUUUGGAGAAGAAUACGCCAUGUGA